GAGGCUUGAUUCUUCAGCUGUGUUCAGCAUGUUUGUCAUGAUCAAAAACUGGCUGCUUGGAGCCACCGAAGAGAGCGAAUAUAAACUGCUGAGCACCGAGUGCAAGGAUGGGGUGAGUUAUGAGGUGCGCCGCUAUGAUGCGUGUAAGCACGUGUGUGUGAGUCUGGAGGGGCGGAACUUUGAUCAGGUGUCAGGUGAUCUUCAGCGGAAGCUUCUCGCCUACAUGAGCGGUGACAAUGAACAAGGUGAGGUGAUGAACACGCCCGUCCCCAUCAUCUUCACCGUGUUUCCGCGUGACGACGGCUCGUUAAACCGCCGCCUGGUCGCCGCUCUGCGCAUCCCAUCAUCCUUCCAGAUCGCCCCCCCGUCCCCGACCGACUCGUCCAUUCGCAUCGAGGAGCGGCCCGGCAUGACCGUAUACGUCCUGCGGUUCAGUGGUUUCGUGGGCGAGAGCGAGUUUCGUGCGGAAGCGUUGCGACUGAUGUGUACGCUGGGAGACUCCGCCCCCUUCCAUCGCAAACAGUACCUCUGCUGCAUCUACGACCCUCCGAUCAAACCUUACGGCCGGCGUAACGAGGUGUGGUUCCUGCAGGACGAGCCCUGAGACACGGAUCGUAACGUGUGUGGAUAAAAUUACCCAUAAUCCCUUUGUGACGUGUUGAGUUCUAGUAGAGUGCAGAGGAACGCAGCGGUUUGUGUGUUUAAGGCUUCCACUUAUUUCAGCUGUACACAAACAGCCGCUUGACAUUGUAUAAACUGGGAUUUGUUAUCAUGUUGUUUUAGUACACACUGGUUUAUGGCGCAGACAGUUUUAGCAUUUACUGCACUUUGUUGUUCUUCUCGUUAUAUUCCUGUAGCAGCUAAUGAAUCUGAAGUCUUACUCUCCAUCUCGAUGUA